AUGGCGAACAGCAGCGAGCUGGGGAGCAGCAGCAGCCCGCACCUGCCCAGCGCCGGCGGCCUGCUGAGCGCCUCCGGGCUGAAGCUGGCCACACUGGGGCUGAUCCUCUGCGUGAGCCUGGCAGGCAACGUGCUCUUCGCUUGGCUCAUCCUCAAGGACCGACACCUGCACCGUGCCCCAUACUACCUGCUGCUGGACCUCUGCUUGGCUGAUGGGCUCCGCUCGCUGGCCUGCUUCCCCUUCGUCAUGCUGUCGGUGCGCAGCGGGGCCGCCUGGCCCCACGGGCUGCUCAGCUGCAAGGUGCUGGCCUUCCUGGCUGUGCUCUUCUGCUUCCACGCCGCCUUCCUGCUCUUCUGCGUGGGGGUCACGCGCUACAUGGCCAUCGCCCACCACCGCUUCUAUGCCAAGCGCAUGACGGGCUGGACCUGCCUGGCCGUGGUGUGCAUGGUGUGGACUCUCUCCAUGGCCAUGGCCUUCCCUCCCGUCUUCGAUGUGGGCACCUACAAGUUCAUCCGGGAGGAGGAGCAGUGCAUCUUUGAGCACCGCUACGUCAAGGCCAACGACACACUGGGCUUCAUGCUCAUGCUGGCGGCCGUCAUCGCCGCCACCCACCUGGUCUACAUCAAGCUGCUCUUCUUCAUCCACGGCCACCGCAAAAUGAAGCCGGCCCAGCUGGUCCCAGCCAUCAGCCAGAACUGGACCUUCCAUGGGCCGGGGGCCACGGGCCAGGCGGCGGCCAACUGGACGGCUGGCUUUGGUAGGGGACCCACGCCGCCCACCCUGGUGGGCAUCAGGCAGGCCACCCAUAGCCAGAUCAAGAGGCUGCUGGUGCUGGAGGAGUUUAAGAUGGAGAAAAGGCUCUGCAAGAUGUUCUACAUGAUCACCUUGCUUUUCCUGCUCCUCUGGUCCCCCUACAUUGUGGCCUGCUACCUGCGGGUCUUCAUUAAGGCCAGCUCCAUCCCCCAGGUGUACCUGACCACCUCUGUCUGGAUGACAUUUGCCCAGGCUGGGGUCAACCCCAUCCUUUGCUUCAUCUUCAACAAGGAGCUCAGGGUCUGCCUCCGAGCCCACUUCCCGUGCUGCCAAAGCAUCCAGAGCACCCAGGGCACCAUCCUGUGCGAUCUCAAGAGCUUUGGGAUGUAGGGGGGCUUCCUCAGCCUACAAAAAAGAAAGAUGGAUACCAUUUUCCAUGUUUCUGCAUAUGAUCUCAAGAAAGUGUGACCCGUGGGGGAUGUACUGAGCCACCACCCGGCACCUAAACCUUAGGCUGUAAGAAGCUGUUUUAUUUAUUUUUCUAUACUCUGCGUGUGCUCUCCAGAACAUAACAGGUUGCUGUUUAUGGAAACAGGUACUUGAGCAGAACACCCCCAAACCUUAGGCUGUACGAAGCUGUUUCUCUUUGUGAUUAUGUGGUUUUUAACAACAAAACAGGGCUCCAAGUUUCUGGUCUUGCUUCUAAUGUUUCUAGACGUGAUUCCAACAGAUACGGAUUAAGGCCAUGACGUUUUCUUUUUUUUUUUUUUUUCCUAUUCCUGUCUGUUUUGAUAAAGGCUUAACAAUUUUACUCAUGUAAUAUUUGAUAAAAGCCAAGACAAUUUUAUACUAAAGUUAUUUUUGAUGACCUCAAGAGGUGUUGUUUUCUUAUCAUUUGAUUUCAGUGAAGAACAAGAAGAGGACGUUCCUGGUGUGCUUUAGUGGAAGUCGGUUUUUGGUGGGAGCUGUGGGUUCAUUCAUUCUCAAAUGGUUUGAGUAUUUGAAGCAGUUACUUAUAACUUUUGCCUGACAUGCAAACAGUGUAGAACUAAUUUCGAUUUUCUCGUUGCACUAUUUAUUUGGUAAUAUUUCGGAACUAUUUGUGAAAUGUGAUUUUAAAAUACCAACUUUAAAACUAAUCAACUAUAGCAGUUUUUAAAAACCUAGAUUGAAAUUCAUAUUUUACUGCCUUUAUAGGAAGUUAUCUACAA